AUGAGGCUGCUGAUGCAUUUCACUUCACCUCUACGAGCAAGUCUUCGAAUGGCGAGCUUGGGGAUGCCUUGGAUAUUAUCCCUUAGCACCUUCCUGUGCCUCUUUGUCCUACCCUUUCCCAACCCCUUUCCUCGGAUAUUAGGUUUGAAAGAUGUAUUACUUGCGCCCCAAGCUAUUGACUUUGAACAAGUGAUUGUGAAUUUGGGUGAGGAAUAUCUCCCAAGUAAGGGAUGA